AUGACGAGCGAGCGGCAGGCUCUGGCGGCGGGAGAGCGGUCGGGGUCGGGGGGUGACGUGAGCGCGCGUCAGCGGUCGGCGGAGGGGGCGCCGCAGCAGCUGCGCAGGUCCACCAGCUCGCGCCUGGAGCGGCUUCCCAGCGCCUUCCUCGAGCGCAUCCCCGAGCACGCCGCCGCCCUCGAAGCCCCGCUCACCGCCCAAGACCUCCUGCCCGCGGGCGGGCAGGCGGGCAGCGCGCUUCUGAGCGACAUAUACACGGGCUUCAACUUCCAGUCGGCGGGGGUGAGCGCGGGCUUUGCCGCGGCCGUCGGCAGCCCCCCGGGCGCGCGGCUGGCUGAGGGCGCCUCCCACUUCGCUGGCUUCCAGGGCCUACGCGACGCCUCCCUGCAGCCCUGGCACCAGGUGGCGUCGCCGUCGCAGGGCGUGCUGGCGCCGCUGGUGGGAACGCCGGCGCAGACGGGACGGGCAGGCGCGCAUCCCGAGGGCACCGCGUGGGCGGCCAGCCUCUUCGCGUCCCCCAGCAGCACCGCCAUGAGCUCCACGCCCUCCAAGGACGGUACCACGCCCUCCUCCUGGCUCAGCCCCCUCCUGCAGCAGGUGGCCGGUGGAUCCAUGUCAGCACCGGCGCUGUCGUCCGGCGACACGGCCGGGACGGGCCCCAGUGACACGGCGCAGCUGCUAUCCACCUGGCGCGCCGACUCAGGCGCCAGCUUUUCCACACUGCCGCUGCCCUUCACCGCGCCCGCGUGCGCAGAGGAGCGUCCCGGCGAGGAGCGCACGCCGAGCCCCGCCGCACUGGUCUUGGCCGCCGCGCGGCUGGCCGGGGACGCCGCUCUGCCGGAGCUACCGGCCGCGCCGCUCGGCGCGCUGCCGGCAGAGAUGCCGCCGGCGAGCGUUGCAGCGGCGCAGGCCGCCUGGGCCGAGGACACGAGCUCGCCGGCGGCUGCCGCCGCCGCGGUUGUCUCGGCCGGGGUGCAGACCGCGCGCGUGUCGGCCAAGCUGGAGAGCGCGGGCCCCCGGGACGUCGGCGGCCGCAGCCUGCGCCCCGACCUGGAAGACGUGCUCGGCGGCGAGGGCAACGUGCCCCGCCUGGAGGCCGCCAUCCGCCCUGGCUGCGUCCACCUCGUCGUCGACGCUCUCGUGCUCCAGGAGUGCCCGACGGACACGCUGGACGGCAUCAGGAAGGCAGCGACGGCUCUGGCGGCCCGGGACUCGCUGUGGCGCCGCGGCCGCGUGCUGCUGCAGACCGGCAGUGCCGCCGCGCUGCUGCAGGACGGAGUCGUACGCCGCAUCUGGGUCGGACAGGACCUGCAGAGGCGGCAGCCGGAGAUGCCGUGCGCCGCGCCGUUUGCGGCGGCGGUCCCGGGCAGCCUGGUGCUGCGGCUGCACCGCAGCUUCUUCCACUGCGCGCGCUCCGGCCUCUCCUGCGCGCGGACCUGGCGGCUGCUUGCGCGCUACCGCGGCCGCUUCCUCGCCGACGUCGACCUCUCCGCCAUGCAGGCCGCCCACACCAAGGAGGUGGUGGUGGAGCUGGGGGCCGCCGGGGGGACCGCGGGGCUGGCCUGGCUGGAGGCGGAGUGCGACGGCUUCAUGAGCGCACCGCUGCCCGUGGUGCUGUCGCCCAACCCCGACAUCGUUGACGAAGUUCGCUCCCUUGAAGCUGAUGUGGCCGCCGGCAGGCGGUCGUGGGAGGAGACAUCAGUGCUGCUGGCGGACGUCGGCCUCAUUCUGGAGUAUGCAGCGCUGCUGGGCAACAAGGAGAGCUCGGCUGUGCCCGACCUGCAACACAGCAUGUGCCUGCAGCAUGUGGCGCGCCUCGCUCAGCGGCGACUAAUCGACUUCUGCGAGCUCGGCUGGCCAGCGCUCACCGCCCAGGCGUUGCCUGUGGCUGCGCUGGGCUGCACAUCGCUGCGGCAGCUGCUGUCGGAGGUGGCGGCUGUGCCGGAGGGCGCUGGGACGCUGCUGCACGCGGCCGUGCGCUCGGAGAGCCUCUCCAUGGUCUCCCUCCUGCUCGACCUCGGCCGCUACGGGUUCAAGUGGGACCUGAGCGCGCGGUGUGAGCGGCUGGCGCAGACGGCGCUGCACCUGGCGGCCAACAUGGACGACGAGGGGCGCAUGGCCGGCCUGCUGCUGCGCCACCCCUCCUGCCCCGAGGCCGGCAUGCUCUGGUCCGUCCUCAAAAACGCCGCCGGACAAACCGCCGCAGACAUCGCCUUCAGUGCGUCCAAGGCGCGGCCGGGGCGCAUCUUCCUGCUGCUGUCCCCCGAGGAGAGGGCGGCCAUCGGCCCGUACCACAGCUGCACCGAGCGGGACGCCGACGGCAGCGCGACCGACGGCGACGAUGAGCUCAGCCCCGAGAGCUCCAUCAGCGCCUCGGACUCUCCACCGCUCAGCACCCAGCCCAGCGGCGCCAUAUGCGGGGAUGCCCUUGCUGUCAUGAUGGCGGACACGCUGUCGCGGGAGGGCAGCCUCCCGGCGACGCCCUUCCUGGAUGUUGUGCUGCCUUCAAAAAAGGAGGAGGAAGCGGCGGUGGUCGGCCAGGCGGUGCAGAUGCGUACGGUCGAGAGUGCGCCGCUGGCCGUCGGCGACCUGGCAGCCGCCGCGCGCUCAUGCAUCACUGCCGACGACCGCAUCAUCCGCAAGUCGUUGUCGGCCGACACCGACGCGCACGCCAGGCGCGAGCAGCUGCGCGCCGCACUGCUGCCGGCUCUGGCCGGCGCGGCGGUGCAGCCGCCGCUGUCGGAGGGCCUCAGCCCGCCGCGGCUGAGCCUGGACGGCGACCGCACCGCGCUGCGCUUCGGCGCGGAGCUCGGCGCCUCGCCGAGCAUGGGCGAGCUCCGGCGGCUGCGCCGCGCGAUCGCGGCCUUCCCGGCCGCUGCCGCAGCCGGCGCGCCCGACGGCUCGGCGGCGGAGAUGCAGCGGCUCAGCGUGGUCAUGCGCGACAUGGGCGCCGUGCGGAGCGCGUCGGCCAGCGCGGUGCAUACCACGGCCGACGACCGCUUGCCCGGCGACCUGCCGCUGUGCCUCUCGUCCCCCAGCAAGUUCCUGGAAGGAGCUUCGGCAGACCUGGCGCAGCCGUCCUCGGUCCAUGCUGGCCGCGAAGAAUCGCCGCUGCUACUUUUGGCGCCCGCAUCGUCUGGUGGUCAGCCAUCGGGGGCCGAUCCCAAUGCCUUGGCCCCCGCGCCGGGCGCGGCAAGGCGGAUCCGCGCCGGUUCUUUGACAGCGCUGCAGCAGCUGUCGGGGCGGCAGGUGUCACUCGUGCUGAUGCUGCUCGCGAGCUGCCUGAUGCUGCCUCGCGCGGCGUUCUUGUGCAUGCUGGUCGCUGCGGCACUCUUCCUGCUAUCCAGCCAGCCGGGUCAAGAGGUCUGGGCGAGCGGCUCACCCUCCUUCAGAGGCCCGGAUGCAAACGUUGACAAGCUGGAGGCUCAGGCUUCCUACUCUGGGUGGCGGCGGCACCUGCUCUGCUUCAAGAGCGGGCAAAUGGAGACCGACUUCCUGACAUUCUUUGCAGGGGCUCGGUAUCAGCUGGAUGUGCUAUUUUCAGUCUUGUUCACAAUCCUGUCGGUUCUGCUCCUCUGCUCUGGCGCCCCUUCCCUCUCCAGCUGGGCUGCUGCUGGCCCCUGGCUGGCGCAUGCCUCCUUUGCCGCACUGCCUGCAGCCCUGGCCCUGAAUAAGCGCUCCUGGUAUGUGCGCAACCGUGAGGUGGUGAUGAUGGUGGCCAGAAUUGGCUGCCAGCUGGCGGCUCUGUUCUGCAGCGCUAGAGCGGCCGGCGGCUGCAGCGGCCACAGCCACUGGGCCACUGCGCUCUUCGGCGACCUCCUGGCAGCUGCCCUGCAGCUCCUACACCUUCCCAUCGGCUUCCAGAUCCGCACCUUCCUGCACCUUCCGCUGACACUGCUGGCGCUGCGGCUGCGCCUGCGCGUGCGGCCGCAGCCGUCGUGGCACCAAGCGGCCGCCGUCUGCGUGCUCAUGCUGCUGCCCACGCGCUUCGUGGCGGCCCUUGAGCACCGCGCGCGCCGCAGCUUCCUCGCAACUCUCCAGCAGCCGCCCAUCUCCGCCGGCGUCCCCUCCGGCCGCCGCUAG